UCCCCAUCUGGUAUUAGAACCAUGUCGGAGAAGAAGUUCGUGGCGGCGUUGUGCAUUAUUGCUGCGAGUCUUCAAGUGUCGCACAGUGUAGAAUGUUACAGUUGCUACUACCCUGCGGACAGAAAUUGCGGAGACCCGUGGAGCUGGGCCAACACCAUUACCAAACCACACACAUCAGUAUGUGACGGAUGGUGUACGAAAGUCAUCACUGGAGACACCAUUGGCCGUGGAUGUUCUCUCGUGUGUGCAUCAUCCACUUUGGGAUCGAAGAUGGAGUGCUGUAGCCAUGACCUGUGCAAUUCUGCCGGCAUUGUUCAAACAAGGAUUUUCCUCUUGUUGCCUGUUACAGCCAUUGUGUUCAUCGUCUUGAAACUACAGUUAUGAUGUUAGUAGCAGAGAAGACAUCGUUCGUCUUUUUUUCUAUGUAAAUUUUAGCAUUAACGGUUGCAAUGAAGUUAAAAUACAGUCAUGACCUUUGUGAAAAUUUUAAUGAAUAAUUUCACUUUUGUUAGUUUCGUUUGUUCAAUGUUAACCUGGUCACUGCAGCGGACGUAACAAGAAGUUUUGUGGUCACGUACGUACUGAUAACAGC